AUGUGGAACACCGGCCCCCAUAAGCAGUGGAACUACCACAGUCCCUACCCCAAGUCGAAGAAGACAGUCCGGGAGCGGCGCCCUCGCCUUUUCAGGCAUGUGCGUAUGCCGAACCAGGCCUCUGCGUCGCCUGGGCUCCCCAGUGACCGCGCGCCCAUCUUCACAGCUUUCCCCGCCUCUCCGUCGCACCCGAAGACAAACUUCAACGACCCGUCCACCCCGACGCCAAAGCCCAUUUAUAUUACGCCCAGGAAGGUCAACAGACCCGGUCCCGUCCCAAAGACCGACGGACCGUCUCUGUUCCCAAAGAGCGUCUUCAACGAGCCUCCCGCGACGCCUCACACGCCAGUCGGCCCCUCACCUACUGCUAUAUACUUUGCGAAGAAGGAGCCCAUGUUCGCAACCCCACCCGCUAUCCCCUUCCCCUUCCCCCGGACGAUGCGCACCAAACAGCAGCCUCCCGCUGCCAACCCUCUCGCAGGCACCGCCCGCCCUAGAACGGGGCCGCAACGCGUCCGCGAACAAGAGCGGGACGCGCGCCGCCUCAGGCGGGGCGUCGUCCACCACCGCAACCCAAUAGUCGUCCAAGCCGAAGCGGCCGCGAACGUGAACGCGCUGCUCGAGGCGAACCCGCUCGCGCAGCAGAUGCUCGCCGCGGGUGCGCUCGACAAGGAGGACCGUAUGCUGCUCCAGCAGCUCUCGCACCUGACGAUCCAGAAGGCGAUACGCUCCCAGGUGGACGCUGGCCGCGAAGAGGUCGAGCGCGCCGCCGCGGACAUGCGAGGGCACGUUGAGAAGAUCGAGAAGCACGACAAGCAGGCACAGGUGCUCUGGGAGGAGGCGGCAAGGCGCGCGGAGGAAGAGAAGGCCCGUCUCGCGAAGGAAGAGAUGAUCCGGCGCGCGGAAGAGGAGAAGGCUGAGCGCGAGGAGCUGUUACGGCAGGCAACGCCUGUAUGGGCGGAGAUACCCCUCUUCAAACUGCAGUACGCCCAAUUGGAACGUGAGCGGACGGAGCUGAUGGAGGCAGAGCUGAGGAGGAAGGCCGAGGCGGACGAGAAACAACGCAGGGAGCGCGAGCGCGUUGAGGAAAUGCUCAAGGAUAUUCGACGCCGGAGGCAAGAGGACGAGGAAAACAAACGCCUACAGCGAGAGCGCAGAGAGUGGGAGCAUCAGGAGCACCUGCGCUUUAUGCGUGAGCAGGCGGAGCGGCUCGCGCACCUGCGAAAAGAAAUGGAUCAGCGGCAACGGGACCAGGAGGCCUUGAGAUGGCAGGAAGCAGAGGCGCAGAGGCAGAAAGAGGCGGCCCGCCAGCGACAGGAGGAGACCCGCCGGAGGCUGCUGGAGGAGGCGCAACGGCAGAAGGACGCGGCCCGCCGCCACCAGGAGGAGAUCCGCCGGAGGGGCGAGGAGGCUAAGGCGAAGGAGGGGGGUCGCGCCGCCAACGCCUUCAAGCUCUACGAGGAGCGUUGGGCCAUGCUCAAGCAGCAAGACUUCAAAAUGAACGGUCCGAUCCGUUUCUUCGAGAUGCCAUGGCCAGUCUUCGUGCCCAUCGUCUCUCCCGCGGACGUCACCGAGGAGCGCGUUCGCGAAUUCUUGUUCCAUCCUCUCCGCUCGUCGGGCAAGACGCGGAAGGAAACCCUCAAUAGCGAUUUCCUCAAGUGGCACCCGGACAAAUUCAGCGUACAGCUGCCCAAGAUCCUCGAGGCCGAGAGGAGCAAGGUCGCAGAGACGGCUGAGAUCGUCGCUCGAAUUCUGAUUAACAUCAAAACAGAAGAGGAUAAUCAUGGCUGUUGA